UUACAACAUCGCGCGGUACUGCCCAUGGAGCACGAAGGGAACUGGAGCCUCGAAGGCGACGGCGUCGUCGAGAAUCUGUUCUAUUACCUGUGGUGCAAAGACGAGUUUGGCGGCGGGCCGUCUCUGUUGAUGCCGGACACAGUCGUGUACAAGUUCACCCAGCCUGCGUUCUGGUACUUCACGAGCAAGUCGGGCAAGGUCAAGAAGAAGGCCAAGGCGAGCUUGACCAACGUCCAGAUCGAAAAGGAGUUUUGUCGUAAGUCGUGCGGCGUCGACAUUGUCGCCUACUACAUCUACAUGCUCAACGAUGCGCCGACGAUCGAGUACUUUAACGCAGAUGGCCUGAAGGACUUUUUGUACACCCGACAGAAGAUCCAAAAUGGCGUGUUGCAGCGCUUCGUCGUCCCCAAGGGAUCGUGCAAUUCCAUGAUUCGAGCGAUUUGGACGCCCAAGAUGUGCCUGUUGGAGCGCAAGACGAACGUGCGGCGCCUCCACGAUGUUCGGUAUGGCUUGUACGAGCGCGCCGUGACGUUCGAUGGGGCCGACGCGUACAGCAACCCCGAUCCUGUCCGGGGAUCGAUCCUUCCCGGGGACAUUCAGUACCUCUGUGAGCAGAUUGUGGACCACGUGAUGGAAGUGUCGUUUCACAAGCACCGCAUCUCGCGCAUGGUGCUGCACCUCAAGACGGACUCGAACGACAAAGUGUGGUUCCUCUGGUCGUCGUCGGUUCGGCUGGCCCACGCAGCAGCGUCGUCGACGGACGCGAGCAAGCCCGUUGACAUCAACUCGGACGCGCACGUCCCGUCCUUUGUGCAUUUGAACAUCAUGCCGGACGGCAAGCCCCAGGCCAAACUCCGGCACUUUACCUCGUGCCGGUCGUGUGGCACCUCGAUCGAAUCGUCCGUCGCGUCGACAGUCACGUACAAAGCAAUCUUGGAGCAUUUUCGACAGCUCCUCCACGCGAUGAAAGUUGACAUGCUGCGGCGACCCGGGCCGACGGCGGCGAUGCUGUGGCCGCCCGACGAACGAAUCAUCGUUGCAGCGGGCGGCGUUGGCUUUGGGAGUGUGCAGGAACGGGGCAUGACGUCUGCCACUUCAUCGGCAGCAACCCGUCGACCCACCAUCGCAAAACCCAUCACAGAAGCAGACGUGACGAUCCCACCGAUGCUGCGAUCUCUGCACCCGCACCUGACAGUGGACGAGUUUGCGCGAUUCUCUCACGACCCUGUCUUUCUCUACAAGACGACGGCAGUGUGCACCGACUGCUUCCUCGUCUUUGCCGAUUACUCGACGUCUGCCCUGGAAGUCAACACAUUGCGGCAGGAAGCCCCGGCCGUGCUGCGGCCACAGCGCGAGAUUCCCCCACUAAAGCAAGGCACACCUCGAAAACACCUCCCGGACUCGGCAUGGAUGCCGCACAAAGUGCCGAGUGCGCCGUGCAACAACCAGCACAGUUCCAUGGCCAAGAGCCAAUACACGUUCAAGACACCGCCGUCACUGCCACAGCGCAUCGACCACACCACACUAGACCACGUGCAGCGCCACUUGCCGCCAGAGGUCCUGCGGUCGUCGAUGUCUGCGCCGUCCCUUCGGCUUCCUGCAGCCGAGACGACAGCCUCGCAUCCCGCCAGUGCGGCUCCAUACAUCCCCGAAGCGUGGCGGCAACCGACCACCAUGGUGCCAAACCCUUUGGCAGCUCUUGGCAGUACCAAGGCGCUCACGACCACGUCCAAAGAAGACUUGUUCUUCGCCGAACUAUCGGCAUCGUCCAUGACGCUGUCGCAGCACCAUCCGUUGCGGCACAUGGUCGAUAGCGCGUCAAAACUCUCGACCGCUGCAUCGGCUAUCCCCUCGUUUACGCCAAGCAGCUGCAGCCCGACGACGGACGUCGGUGGUCCCCGAAAGAAAGCCGGUCCUAAUCCGUACGCCGUUGUGCAAACUCUUCGCGACGACAGCGACGGGAGCUCCCUUGCGAAGAAGGCCCACAAGAAGCCAUCGAGGACAUCGUCGACGGCGAAUAUAAGCUUUCAGCGCAUUGCCCCCACGGAAGACGAGCGCGUAACAUCGCAAAAGCAUCGCGAGUUCCUCCUCCAGUCUCUGCGUGAAAUUCAAGAACAGAUGGCAAGCCCCGACACUCUCGCCGACGUGCUGUAUGGCACGCCAAAGGACACCACAGCCAGGCGAAACCUCGGGACUCCUGACGGCAAACAGUCGUUGUCGACCCAGCCUGAACAAGUCGCCGACCUGAUUGCGGCGUCCCCGCGAGCUACCGACGAGCCUGAGCGUGCCACCGACCUCGCGACCAUUUCAUGUGACGAAUCCAAAGGCAUGGAUGACGAAAGGGAUCGCCCAAACACCUGUGACUACACUGCAUGCCACGGACAUGUUGACUCCGCUCGACGUUCCCUCGAUGAGCAAGAGCAACGUGACGACGGCAUGACGAUCCCCACUACUGGUGUAUUGACCCAUCGUGCGUCGACGCCGCAAGAUGAAGGGUUCCUGUCGUCUCGCCGCACCUCCGACACGCACCUCAGUGGCAGACGCGAGUCGACCGCGACCUCCUUUCAGCCCUUCGACGUCGAUGAGACCUCCGCUGAGUUAUUCGUUGCGCCUCCAGAUUUAGACAGCGACGUGUGCCCCGUGCACGACAGCGAUGGUGCCGCGGAAACGAGCCACUCCAGCAACAACGUGACCUUGACUGGCACGACGGACAACGUCGACUCCGAUCCCGUCGACGGCAAUGCGCCACUUUCAGACGCACCGCCCGCCGUAGCUCCGCCACCUCCUGACGGCUUUCCGUCAUCGACCGACGACGACGGGCCAACUGCUGUACGUCCCCAAGGGCCACCCGGCUUGUUGAAAGAUCCUCACGACGUGGUCAUGGAUGUUGCUCUCGUGCCCUCCUCCCCGCCAACCUUUGAAGCACGUGAACCCAACCACGGCGACACCACCGCCUUGGAACUCUAGCGCAGGCGAGAGACGAACCAAACGGUCGAGUUGUUUGUCCCUU